UCGAGUGACGCAAGAAACAAAAAGUGGUGAUGUGUGUUGGACCGCUUUUUGAAAAGGCACAAUUGUUUUCAAGCGUCUGCAUCACUCGAUUAGCAAAUAGUGUUAUAAUUAUGCUGUUUAAAACAGCGCGUUUUGUGUGUAUUGUAAAAUUGUUAAAAAAAAUCCAAAAAAAUUCGAACGAAAUGCAAAUGUCUCUUUUGACGUCGCCAUCGAUCGCGCAUACUUUUCUGGAUUUACCUACAAAAAGCGAAGACGUCGUAGAACACGCCGUUCUUCCAUCUAUUUGAUCUUUUUUAAACAAGCCUUUUCCAAGCUGAUCUUUAUAAGGAAGUAGAGCAUCGCACGCAAACACGGGAUUGCCAUUCAUCGUUAAUUGAAUUUGUGGAUAUUUGUCAUAAACAGGAGGAAUCACGUGAAUCCAGACGAACGCUUUUUUAACAAUCUUGUUUUAUCAGUAAGUCUUAUAUAUAAAUAAAAAAAAAUCUAGCCUCAGACCGGAUUUUACCGACCCCUUGAGCUAAUGAAUAGCGUUAUCAUGUUUGCAUGUUUGCAAACAACAGCCAACCAAUGCCUGUCACUAGUUCGUCGGUUCAUUAUAAUCCCAUUUGGCGACGUUGUUGAACCCUCACUGCUGAGCAGCUGGCACAAUAGAACUCUUCAUUGACCACGAAGCCAACACAAGCGCUACAACUGCUACCGAAAUGACAGUACAACGCUCUCGCUACCUUUUAUACUUCGUUGAAUUGGCAUUGAUUCUCUGCAGCACUGCCGUGCAAUCGAUCACCUUCAUGCUGUGCACCACGGGCAACCAGGCGAAACCACUGUCGAGCAAGGUCUGCGGAGCCGAUUCCAGCUUAAUCCCGGUAAUAAAAUACUUGGACUACACGGUGCAUAACUACUCAGCGGCUACGUUCACGGUGCAAAGUAACGAUACGUACGUAAUGUACUUCCUCCAAAAAGCGCCCCUACUACGGUACAUCUACCUUCAGCACAAUGUAAAUGUGUCCUUGCUGCACAUCGAGCACUGCUCCCUGACCGGUGUGCCGAAGACGAUCCGAAACGUCCCAAACCUGCUCCGACUGGCCAUCAAGUCCUGUCGCAUACGGCAUCUGGAUCUGAACGAUUUUGUGGCUCUUCACUCGUUGUAUUCGGUCGACCUGACGAACAACCGGAUAGUGACUAUCACGGAGCUGCUACCGGCUUCCGAUCUCGUGCUACCCAUCAACAGACUGUACCUAGCCAACAACUCACUGACCCAGCUGAACGUGCGCGCUUUGGGUGCGCUGACGGAUCUUCAUUGUCUGGUGCUGGAAGGCAAUCGCAUCGAGGAAGUGAACCGCCCGAUAGCCCUGCCGAAGCUAGAGGAGCUGUCACUGCGCAACAAUCGUAUCAAGCAGCUCAACUGCACCGGCUGGCAUCUGCCGGCGUUGAAGUAUCUCUUCUGCAGCGGCAAUCGGCUCUCCGCCGCCCCGACCGAAUGGCAAUCGAUGUGGCGCAUCGAGGUGCUCGAUCUGUCCUUCAAUCGGCUGCACAGCUUCCGCAUGGACGAUAUCUACCUAACGCAGCUGCAUGCGCUUAACCUGGCGGCCAAUCAGCUGACGAGCGUAACGACCCCCCAGAUGCACUUUCGCGUCCCGCUCGCCAGGCUUUGGUUGGCUCAGAAUCGGCUGCCCGUGCUGGACAUUUCCCGCUGGGACAUGCCGAACCUUUGGGAGCUGGACGUGGCCCACAACCGGCUGACCGAGCUGGCCGAUGUGUUUGUGCGGUUUCCCAACCUUGCGCCAAUGAUGAUACUGCGCAACAACCAGUGGUCCUGCGAAUGGUUGGCGGGCGUCCAUCCGACCGAUCUGCGGCGCAAGAACUAUGGCUGCCUGAGCACGAACCAAACGUGCCCGGCGGGCAAGCUAACGGUUGCGGACGGCAGCUGGAUCUGUUGCUGCAACCAAAACCCCGUUAGAAGGCACACUGCUGUAGGAGAGCAGAGGAGUGGUCGAUCAAUAUUCUCUUCCCAUUGAAAUCCGGUUUUCCGAAUGCUUAUUAACAUACAGAACCGUGCCCUCCCACGAGCUCAGAAUCGAUGUUAUUUGUUCGAGCAGAGAACUCCAACAACACGCUCUGCUCCUCUUCCCCAAAUGGGCUCUUCCACGUUGAUCUCACAAGGGUGGUGGUGUGCGAAUGUACAAACAGCACACCACCAAAGCCCGCUGACUGCUUCAUAACAUAACGGAAGCCCCGCAAAAUCCGGUCCAUCUUUCUUCCAACCGGUAGUGGCACUCGAAGCAAGAAGAGAAGCAAGUUUCUCGCGGCAAGGAGGAAACAACCACCAAGUGGCACCAGUGUCGUGUCAAACACACCACCCAGUCUGGCAAGAUCAUCAUCACCAAAGCGUUGCGGGAUUUUGAGGUUUCUGACCUACAUUCGGGCGCUUUGCGCUCGCGUUGGAGUAGCAAAAAUAGCACCCAAUACUAGCGAAAGAGAGGGUUUAACUAAUUCGUCGUUGAACUGUCGUGUCCCGUGUGUCACAGAAGUCGAAGUUCAACCCUUUGCUGGACGGAACAGCUGGUCGGUACGAUGCCAGAACCACAUUCCAACAAGUGGGCUCUCCAACCAGUUCCAGGCCCCGGUUCACCCCGCUCGAGCAAGUUGCACCGAUACUGUUACAAGGGGCGCGGUUCACUGGUUCACGACGGUUUCAGAGGAAAGAGUUUCACACCACAAACCCUCCACGUUUAACGGACCACGGUUAGGGGUAAAAUCAAUCGCUACUCACCUUGGACGCCAACCGUGCAAACUGCUGCUCCUUGAUGCGUGACCACUCUUAUUAGAAAUCGCAAACAGGUAGCAAAGAAACACACAUAGUGGAGGCGGCACAAACAGAUGGAAAAAGCUAUCGAUAUAAAAGCGCGCGGCCGUGGGCACAAUAUUUG